UCAGAGAGAGAGAGAGAGAGAGAAAGAGAGAGAGAGGGAGAGAGGGAGAGGGAGGGAGAGAGAGAGUCCUUAUCGCUACGAUCAGAGACCAAGAGGACAUUUUUUUAUAUCAAACUCUUAUCGCUACGAUCAGAGAGCCGAACGACAUUUUAUCAAACUCCUGCCAUCAAGGCUUCAAAGGGCAUUUUAUUAAAUUCCUUUCCCUCCCAUCAGAGAUUUAAAGCGACAGAAAAUGCAAGGCUCUGCAGAGUUGAUUUGUGGAUAAAGAUAAGCGAUCUCUUGGACAAACUGGUGAUUGGAAUCCAGUUUCUUUAUUUUUUUAAAGUCCACCUUUCUUCAUUCCAUUGGAUCUUCACGCUUCCUCAUUUGUUGGUUUUUGUGUUCGCACUGCAGUUCCGACCCUGUUACCCCAGCAUGCUGAACUCGGAUCAAACUGACCUAGACCUGAACCCCAGCUCUUCCGAGAGUGAGUCGGUGCUAUCGGAUGCUCGGGGAGGCUGCAUGCGAGAGAAGCCGGAUGACGCCGAGGGCAAGCGGGGGGUGCAGCAGACACUGAGCCGCGAAGAGAAGCGCCGCCGGCGGAGAGCCACUGCCAAGUACCGUACAGCCCAUGCAACCCGGGAGCGCAUUAGGGUGGAAGCCUUCAACGUGGCGUUCGCGGAACUUCGCAAACUGCUGCCAACUCUGCCUCCCGACAAAAAGCUCUCCAAAAUCGAAAUCCUCCGCCUGGCCAUCUGUUACAUUUCCUACCUGAAUCAUGUCUUGGAUGUUUAGGCAGAGUGAGUGUGUGUGAAAGAGAGAGAGAAACAGUGGAGAACAGAAUGGGAAAAGCAAACGUGGUGGAUUGAAAACUGCAAAUAAAAAAAUAUGUUUGAGGAAGAUGUCAAGUGCCACCGUUUCCAAAACAAAUGGAACUUUAAACUCUGUGACCUUAAAGUGUGUUAGUGGGUGCGGUAUAUUUAUAUUUAAUUUUAUUUUUUAUAAAUGUGCGUAUUGAUAAUUAGUAUAUUUCUAUUUUAUUUUUUAUUUAUUUUUUAUAUAAACGUGUGUCAAUUGUUGUUUUUUUGUGCCAUCUGUUCACAAGUCGAGUGUUUACACUUUAUGUUGGAGAGCAGUUUAUUUUUCUCCUUGCCGUGCUUGGUUUAGCUGUUUGGAAAGCGGUGAUGUUUAUUAUUGCCUCCCCAUAUCGCACUUGUUUCUUAAGAUAGAGCUUUUACGUUCGUCUGAUUUCCACCCUCCCCUUGUAUUUAAAUAUUUGGUGCAAUGAGUUGGUAGUCGUUCCUAGAGAGAGUCGAGCACUCGCACUUCAUACUUUAAAAAGGAAUAAUAAUUUAAAUGGUUUUAAAGUCCGUUGGCAGUUGCUGUUGUACAAAAUGUUUAUUUUUUGGUAGAAUGUGUCGCAGUUUUGAACACGGUAAACAAGGAGGAGAAAUCCCAGAUUGUACAGCAACCCCACCCCCAGGAGUUUAUUCCCUGGAUUAGUAUCUCCCUUAAAAAAAACAUUUACGAAAUAAUCUGGGCCAAUCUUCUCCCGUUGAAUUGAACCAAAAAAAUGAAUUUGUAAUAACUGCCCCGGCCUCUGGUUAGCACCCCUGAAGUGCGCGGAUUUUGUAAAAAAAACAAAAAACAAACAAAAAAAAAGGACAUAUCAAACUGACAUCCAAAGAUUCUCGUCUUUUCAGGGUUUCUACGUGUGUUUUUUGCCUAGUUCAGAAUAUUUUGUGGUUGAAAUAACGAGCUGGUUUCUAUAAGGUAGUUUCAUAUCUAUUCGUGAAUGGUGCCGUUUGGCAAUUAAAAAAAAUAUAAAAACGCA